AUGUGCGAUACCAGUAAUCAUGCUGUAGGGGCUGUAUUGGGGCAAAGAGUAGGAAAGGCAACUCACGUCAUUUACUACGCAUUUCGAGCUUUGAAUGGGACCCAAUUGAAUUACUCCACCACCGAGAAGGAGUUUCUUGCAGUUAUUUUUGCUUUAGAAAAAUUCAGGUCAUAUCUGUUAGAUACUAAAGUAAUUGUAUUUUCUGAUCAUGUAGCAUUAAGGUACCUAAUGACCAAGAAAGAUGCAAAAUCGAGGCUCAUCCGGUGGAUAUUGCUACUACAAGAAUUCGACUUAAAAAUAAUGAAUAAAAAAGGCUCAGAGAAUCUAGUAGCUGACCAUUUGAGUCGCAUACCAGUUGGGGGGGACAACAAGCCAUUGAAGGAUGCAUUCCCUGAAGAGCAUCUAUUUUCGUUAAACCCUCAAUUGCCUUGGUAUGCAGAUUUAGUCAAUUAUCUAGUAACUGGUAAAUUUUCUGUAGGUUGGCCAAAAUCGAAGAGGGAUAAAUUGGAGAGCGACGCCAAGUAUUUCAUCUGGGAUGACCCGUACUUAUGGAAGAAAUGUGCAGAUCAAGUAAUGAGGAGAUGUGUAAGUGAAGUGGAAUUUCAAUCUAUUUUAGCAUUUUGUCAUACUUUUGCCUGUGGAGGUCAUUUUGGACCCAAGAGAACUGCUCAUAAGGUUUUGGAAAGUGGAUUUUAUUGGCUUUCAUUGUUUAAGAAUGUUUAUGUGUUUUUUGAUUAUGUGUCUAAAUGGAUGGAGGCUAAGGCCAUUCGGACUAAUGAUUCGAAAGUAGUUGCACCUUUUAUCAGGUCUAAUAUUUUUGUACGAUUUGGAAUGCCAAGAGCUAUUGUCAGUGAUAGGGGAACGUGCUUCUGCAACAAAACCAUAGUUGCGUUGUUUCGCAGGUAUGGUGUACUCCACAGGGUCUCAACGUCGUACCACCCUCAGACCAAUGGUCAAGCGGAGGUAUCGAACCGGAAAAUCAAAUCCAUCUUGGAGAAAAUGGUACGCCCCGAUAGAAAAGAUUGGAGUCAACGAUUGGAAGAUGCACUCUGGGCCUAUCGGACGGCGUACAAGACUCCUAUAGGAAUGUCACCGUACAUGUUGGUUUUCGGGAAGCCGUGUCACCUUCCAGUGGAGUUCGAGCACAAGGCUUUUUGGACAAUAAAACAAUGCAACAUGAAUCUAAAAGAGGCCGGUGCCCAACGAAAGUUGAAUUUGCAAGAGUUGGAGGAGAUCCGAAACGAAGCAUAUGAAAACGCUUUAAUUUAUAAGGAGAGAAGUCGGGCAUUUCAUGACCAACAAAUCUUUAGAAAAACCUUUGAAAUUGGUCAGAAGGUUCUCCUGUACCAAUCCAGGCUCAAGCUAUUUCCAGGUAAGCUACGUUCCCAUUGGAUUGGACCUUUUAUUGUUACUCACGUGUUUCCACAUGGUGCAGUUGAAAUCCGGAGUGCUAAGACAGACAACAAGUUUGUGGUGAAUGGACACCGUUUCAAACAUUAUUACGAAAGUUUUUCAAGUGGAGAAGUGGAGACAAUAAAUCUAAACGCACCACCGUGUCCUAAUCAGUGA